GUUCUCGCUCACUCUCAUUAGUUCUUAUGGUGGCUAUCGUAACAAUCGUAAAUCGUAUAAUUUUCGUGCUAGAGUAGACACCGAGAAGUGAUUAUUCUGUUGUAAUACUAAUUAAUUACUUAUAUGAUACAAAUUGCAGUCAAUAUUCUUUUUCUUAAUUAAUAGUUUGAGCGUAGCAUGAAGAAUGGAAUGUACACAUUUGUCAGAUAACGUCAAGGUGGAUACCGAUUACAUCGUUGAGGACAGCACGAUCACAAAGAACUUCAAUUGUUCAGGCUGUGGUGUAAAGGAACAAAAUUGGUUGUGUCUACAAUGUGGAGUUGUGAAUUGUGGCCGUUAUGUCAAUGGUCAUGCAAAGCAGCAUGCAGAGGACUCGGACCAUCAACUCUGUAUGAGUUGUGAUGUUUAUUCAGUUUACUGCUAUAAAUGCGACGAUUAUGUGUCGAAUGAUACAGAACAGCAAACAUUAGAUAAAGUAAGGCAAAGUAUUAUGCAGAGUAGGAGAGACAACAAUGAUAUUGAUGCAAAUAGUAAUAUUGAAGAAAAUAGUAAAGAUGGCAGUGAAGGUGGAAAUAGCUCUGUAUCCAACACUUCAGUUGCUCCCAGUGAGAAGCCUUUACAGUCCCCCAACAGCAUCAAAGACGAAAGUAGACCCUUGGGGGCGAUUGCAAACAAUUCAUUUAGUGACAUGUCACAGGAAAUUGAUGAAAGCAAACCAACUAAAAACAUGAAGAGUACUGAUGACCCAGUGCGUAGUUUAAGACCACGCUCUCGCAAACGAUCACAUUCAGAAGAAAGCAAUUCAACAGAUUAUAAUACAUCGCACGCAACUAGGAAUAAGGAAAAGAAAGUGUCCCCAUGCAAUGGGAAAAGUCAGAGAGAGAAGAAAAUUGUAGGUUUAAAAAAUUUAGGCAAUACAUGUUUCAUGAAUGCUGUGCUUCAGAGUUUGAAUAAUAUUCAAGAGUUUAGUUGCUACUUCAGCCAACUGCCGACUCUCGAGAUGAAGACGAAUGGCCGCAAGGUGUACCAUUCGAGAAGCUAUACGCGGCAGGAGAUGCACGAUGUCCUCAUGGCUGAGGAACUGAGAAAGGUAUUAAUAAAUUUGAAUAGUGGUUGUGGCUCCAAGGCAGCCAUUUCACCGGAGUGUUUGUUCCUGGUCAUUUGGAAGGUGGUCCCCAGGUUCCGUGGCUACCAACAACAGGAUGCGCAUGAAUUUCUACGUUAUAUGCUUGAUCGCUUGCACACUGAGCUACUGCAACUUCUGCCGCCGGAUCGCGCGGAAAGCGGUUUCGUGUCUAGAACGCCUGCUGCUGCCUCUAUAGUGACGGCUGUGUUUGGUGGCACGUUACAAAGUGAGGUGCGGUGCCUAGCCUGCGGGUCAGAAAGUAAGAAGUUCGACCCGUUCUUGGAUUUGUCACUGGAGCUGCCGGAGGCCGGUCGACAUGAGGCACCCGUCGCCCUCGCCGACUGCCUUGCUAGCUUCGUACAGGUUGAGGAGUUAGCAGACACGGAACGCUAUUUCUGUAGCAGCUGCAAGUGCAAACAGAAAUCAACCAAACAGUUCUGGAUCCGUAGACUACCAAAUGUCUUGUGUUUGCAUCUGAAGAGAUUCCGGUGGCAUAAUUAUUUCAGAACUAAGGUGGAUACCCGCAUAUCGUUCCCAUUGCGCUCACUAGACGUGUCAGCGUUCGCGGCGGGCGGCAGUAGUGGCAGUCGUACACACGGGCUUUACGAUCUGGCCGCCGUUAUUGUGCACCAUGGUUCUGGGGCUGGAUCCGGGCACUACACGGCGUUUGCAAUCAACGAAGAACAAUGGUUUCACUUCAAUGACCAGACGGUCCGGCCUGCGGAUGCGGCCGCGGUGGCGGCGUGUAAGCCCUAUAUCCUGUUUUACAUCCGACGGGAGCCGUCACUGCCGACCGCCUCGUGACGCCCGUACAAGCCAGCUCGCGGGUGCAUCUGUAACAGAAAUGCGCUCCAAUCAGCAACACAGGCGGAUGAGAACAACGCGUAUUUAUUUGUCAAGAAAUGACCGACACCAAAGCGUUUAUGAUUUAUCUCUGUGCUCGCAUGGGGUUGAUUAUUGUAGCUGAUAGUUUUUCAUUCACUGACAAGCGAAUAGACUCUGACAUAUAAUAUAAUACAUACUUGUGUAGAAACGAAACACUUCAGAGUAAUUCUAUUGCGAACAAAGGACAAGGCCAGUAUUCCUUAAUAAUGUUAACCUUUCUACUCAGGCAAUAUUUUUUUAUAUGCAAUCUAAAAGUAUUAGAUUCGAAACUUGGAAUGUAAAAUUACUACUUUGAAAGAGGUUUAAAAAAUCGAUAAAAUUAGAAAACAAUUUAGGUAGUCCUAGAAAGUAAUAUGCAUAGUACAAUUUAAUCGAUUUUAUAAGAUUUAUCUUCAGAAUUAUGUAAUUUUUAUUUCCUAUAUUUUCAGUUAAUUAUUUUUCUAAAUAUGCGCUAAGGGUUUGAAAGGUAACUAUAUAUUAUAAUAUAUUAUUCUUUUGAAGGACAAUUGGGUAGGCUUGCAUUUAGUUUAUAAAAUAAUAGGAUUGUCUUCAAUUCAUUUAUAACAUGUAAUUGUGAAUGCAAUAAAUUAUUGAGUAUGUAUCGAAUUUAAGUUUCAUGGAAAACAAGUAAUUGAGAUUCUGAAACUACCUCUUAAUGUGUGUGAAUUUUUUAAUACAAAGUAAUAAAUAAAAAAUAAUAUAAAUAUCCAAGUAAUAAACAGUGGUGCUUGCAUAGAUCACUGCUCUACAAAAAUUUUGUGAUCACCAUCUAUUUCUAUCUAUAUAUCAUCCAAAUGGCUUGAUUGAAAGUUUUUAGUGCAUUUAUUUUCAACGAUUAUUGUAUUCUUAUGUUCUAUGGAGGUAGCUAAAAUAAUUGUCAUGAAUGUUUAUUUAAGUCAAACUUAAUUAUUCCUAAAGUUAAAAGUAAGAAUACCUGUUUCAAUUAGUAAGCACUGAUCAUCUGAAUCAUGAUAUCCUGGCGAAUGUAAUCCUGUGACUCAGAGGCUUUGUCAACCGUCGACAAUGGGUUGAACACAACUUACGAUUGCCCACAUUUGAUCAGUAUUUUACAUAAUAUCAGUGAAUUUGUUCUCGCAAUAUUCCUAAUGAAUGUUUUCAUGUGAUAAUGCGUGCGUAACCUUCAUAUUGAAAUCACUCAGUGUAAUUAUGCUUUAUGAUUAUGAUCCACAAUUAGUAUAUAUAACUGUACCUCAUGUAGCACUGUUGGCUUCAUUGACAGAUCUUAAAAAUAAGUUGUAAGUUAAAUGAUGAAUACUCAUAUAAAAAUAAUUGACAGACGUUGACGAGUCAUUAAUAUUUAGAUUUGAGCUUAUCCAAAUAAGCAAUAUGCAUGAAAUUCAAUUUCAAAUGUACUUCAACUAUUUAUAUACCUAAUGUGUGAUAAUGAGUUAUUUGUAAUGCGAUGCGUUUGAAUACAAUUAUAAUAGGGUUAACGGUAGGAAAGGAGUAUUUGUGAAUAGAGGAUAAGUUCGCGCAAGUUCAUAUUUACAUACAUAUAUUACAUUCCUAUAACAAAUUAUGGGUUUACUAUGAAUUUAUUUUCCACUGCAUUAUACAAUGCGAAACGAGACACCAGUUUUGUGUAAACAAUGUGAUAGUAUAAAUCAUGUACAUAAUGAUGAUUUGAAAUGUGUCGUAUUUUCUUUUUAAGUACCUAAGUUGAAUAGCAAGUUUAUUUUGUUUAAGUACUUCAAUUACUGGAAGUUGAUAGUGAUUGAAUUUAAUAAA